AUGACAAAGAGAAGUAUUGGUUCAGAUGAAGACCUGCGUCUGCAUAGAACAAUGGUGAAACGAAAGAAACAAGGGCUUCAACUGACCAACCUGCCAACGGAUAUUCUCUGCAGUAUCCUGUCACAAUUGCCGAUAAAAGAAGCUGUACGGACGAGCAUACUGUCAGAACAGUGGAAAUGUCUUUGGCAUCACCACCCAAAUCUAGUAUUUACUCUUAGCUCGAUGUUGCCAAUUCCUCGUACCUUACCGUUAACACCCAAUGAUGAUGAGCCAAGGAAACAUGAGUUUAUUCAGAGAGUCGAUGCAGUCCUACAGCAGCACAGUGGUGUGGGGGUUGAGAACGUUCAGUUUCGGGCUCCAUUUGAAGAUGACCAAAGGGAUCAGAUAAAUAGAUUGGUGAACUUUGCUAUUGCAUCCAAGGCGAAACAGCUUAUAUUUGAUUUCUUAACUGCCAGCCCUAUGAGGCCACCAUAUAACUUCGAUUUGCGGCUUCUCGAUGACAGUAAUAGUUUACACUUGCGAUAUGUAAAACUCUGUUCCGUUUCUCUCAAGGUGCCUGCGGAUUUCAACGGUUUUCAGAACCUUAAAUGGAUUUGCUUGGCAGGCACGAAUAUUACCGAUGAUGACCUUCAACUUUUAGUGUCCAGCUGCUGUGUUUUGGAGUUACUUGGAAUUGCUAGCUGUAGAAUGCUUACAAGGGUACAGCUAUCUCAUCCUUCAAAUCCACUGAAGCAUUUGCACGUACAUGACUGUCGCUUGCUUCAGGCGAUGGAGUUAAACUUUGGUCUGGUAGAACUUGAGUACAGUGGCCCAUCGAUACUGUUGUCAGCUCCUGGAACUUUGCUUCUCAAAAAUAUGUGCAUCGAGUUGAAUGAUAUGUGUCCUUCUCUGGAAUACAUCUCUACGAAACUUGAUAAUAACGUGCCUCGUCUUGAGAUGCUGACUCUUCAUUGCACCGAGUCAGAAGAGGACUUCGUUGCCAGGAAAGCUGCACAAAUUUUCUUAUCUAAAGCACCUGAGACUGGAGCUGACUUUUUUGGGUGCUCCGAGAAGCAAGAGUGA